UCUGCGCCACAAUCCACGGAUUCUUUAUCUGCAUUCGGUGAUCGAGUGCUUUUCAUGGCGGAGGGGGAGCACAUGGCGGUCAAUGGUGGCGGAGACGUGGAGCUCGUGGACGCCAACGGGGACUAUAGCGGCGCUUCCGCCUGCUCCCGGUCCCGCAGGGCGGCGAAGUCCAUCAGCUUGGUGAGGCUCAUCGCGGCGUGCAUGGCCGCCGGCGGAGUGCAGUACGGAUGGGCGCUGCAGCUGUCCCUCCUCACGCCUUACGUUCAGACGUUGGGCCUCUCUCAUGCUCUUUCCUCUAUCAUAUGGCUUUGUGGCCCUGUCGCAGGCUUCAUAGUUCAGCCUUGUGUUGGUCUGUGGAGUGACAGAUGUCGGUCGAGAUUUGGAAGAAGGAGACCCUUCAUAUUUGUUGGAUGUUGUCUGAUAUGUAUUGCUGUGCUCGUGGUAGGGUUUUCUUCUGAUAUAGGAUAUGCACUUGGCGAUACAAAGAAACACUGUAGUGUUUAUCGUGGUGCUCGAUGGCAUGCAGCCAUCAUUUAUGUUCUUGGAUUUUGGUUGCUGGAUUUCUCCAACAAUGCAGUUCAAGGUCCUGCUCGGGCACUCAUGGCUGAUCUCUCAGGUCAUCAUGGAUGCAGUGCAGCAAAUGCUAUCUUCUGUUCAUGGAUGGCUCUGGGAAAUAUUCUGGGAUACUCUUCAGGUUCUACCGGAAAUUGGCACAGGUGGUUUCCAUUCUUGAUGACGAGGGCUUGCUGUGAAGCCUGUGCAAACUUGAAGGCGGCAUUCAUUAUCGCUGUGUUCUUUCUGAUCAUCAGUUUGACGGUGACGCUGAUCUUUGCCAAAGAAGUUCCUCUGAGUGGACCUGCGCCAGACCCUCAAGCCCCUGCAAGAGUCGACUCCAAGGAAGAACUGAUGCCCAGUGAGGGCGAGCCAAGUGCCAGCUUUCUUGCUGUCUUCAAGGCCUUCAAGAAUUUACCUCCUGGAAUGCCUUCGGUGCUUCUUGUUACCUCCCUCACCUGGUUGUCAUGGUUUCCCUUCAUCCUCUACGACACCGAUUGGAUGGGCCGGGAAAUCUAUCAUGGGAAUCCGAAGGGAACCACUGCCGAGAUCGAUGCCUACAACCGAGGCGUCAGACAAGGAGCAUUUGGUUUGCUGCUGAAUUCGAUCGUGCUGGGUGUUACUUCUUUCUUGAUCGAGCCAAUGUGCCGAAAGGUGGGUUCGAGAGUGGUUUGGGCGGCGAGCAACUUCAUGGUGUUUGUCUGCAUGGCUGCCACCGCAGUCGUAAGCGUUUGGUCCUCGAAAGAGUUCAAUGGUUCGAUUCAGCAAGCGAUCACAGCAGAUAGCGGUGUCAGAGCCACGGCUCUGGUUCUAUUUGCAGUGCUCGGAGUCCCUCUGGCUGUUCUCUUCAGUGUUCCUUUCGCUGUUGCAGCUCAGCUGGUUGUCGACAAGGGUACCGGUGGCCAAGGACUUUGCACUGGAGUUCUCAACAUCUCGAUCGUAAUUCCUCAGGUGAUCAUAGCACUAAGUGCAGGCCCAUGGGACGCCCUGUUUGGGAAAGGAAAUAUUCCUGCCUUUGCUCUGGCAUCCGCCAUCGCCUUCGUCUCUGGCUUCGUCGGACUCUUCAUGCUCCCAAGACUGUCGAGGAGCAACUUCGCCACUUCAGGUCUCGCCGGUGGCCACUGAUACAAUGCAGCAUUGAAGCCAGUGAAGUAGCCACAGGUUGCGUCAAGGUCUUUCUAGCCAUAGUUUCCAUCAGAGUCAGUCAAGAUUGUAAUCAGGAGCCAAGUAGCUCCUGGUUGUGUCAAGGUCUUUCUAGCCAUGGUUUCCAUCAGAGUAAGUCAGAGCUUGUGGUGUGGCUACUCUGGUCAUCUUGAACAGUUCAUCAACGAGAUUAUGUAGGGAAAGAUGAAACUGUAUUUUCCUGAUGCAACGAAAAAUGUGGUUGUGAAAAGCUAUUUUGCU